AUGUCGUUUAAGUAUCCGCGUCGGGAAUCUCUUUGCAGCGUCGAAAACAGCGAGCUGUAUCUGCAAAUGCCGUCGAAGUAUCCGCGUCAAGAUUUACUUCGCAGCGUCGCAAAUAGCGAGCCGUCUCUGCAAAUGUUGUCGAAGUCGAUGGCGUGCGUUCUCGAUACCAAAGCACUCUUGCAAGUUAUUGCACAUUACAACGGACCUUGUCGAACAUCACGGUCAGCAAGUGCACGCCGUUGA